GGGGGAGAAGAAAGAGAGAGAGAGAGAGAGAGAGAAAGAGAAGAAACGGAAGGAGUCGAUGUGUUCGAGAACAGGCCGGGCCAAUCCCAGCUUUCGGUUGUUAUCGUGAGUUCUCCGGCUGAGUUCAUCCGGGGAUGCGAACGCGAUCGUUCCUUAGUCACUCGCAACGUAUCGUCGCGUGUUAACUCAACCUCAUCCGCGAUUACGUCCCUUCGUUUUUCGUCAUCACGCGAUUUCUGACGACACUUCUCAUUUCGAAUAACAUUUCUUUUCUCUAUCUCUCUUUCUCUCUCUCUUUUCUUUUCCAUUUUUUUCUUUCUUUUCUUUUUGUUUCAUUUCGCUUUGUUUUUCGUGUUAUCAAUAACGCAGGAGAAGAUAUUUCGACGAGGAGGACUUCGAAGAAUAGAUAACCAAAAACGAAAAUGGCAUCGAAGGAGAGUAAGAUGGACGAGCUGGAGUCAAAAACGCUUGAACAAAAUGGACGAAAUUUUAAAAAAGAAGAAAUGCAACUCGAGGAUGUUAAUGACAAUAACAACGAGAGUAUCGAGGUCGAAAUGGUGGUACCACCGGACGGUGGAUGGGGCUGGGUGAUCGUUGCAGCUUCAUUUCUCUGCAAUCUAUUCGUAGACGGGAUUAUUUUCAGUUUCGGAGUUUUCCUCAACGAUAUUACAGAGGCAUUCAAUGUCUCGCAUGCGAGCGUAGCAUUGGUUGGUUCCCUUCAAACAGGAUUCUAUCUAAUGGCCGGACCAUUCGUAUCCGCUUUAGCGAACAGAUACGGUUUCAGGCUGGUAGCGAUACUUGGUAGCGUACUUAGCUGCAUCGCCUUCGUCUUUUCAUACUUCAGCGCGUCCAUAGAGUUUCUUUACGUUUCCUACGGUGUCCUCGGAGGUAUUGGAGUUGGUCUGAUAUACGUUCCUGCUGUUAUAACAACCGGCUUUUACUUCGAAAGAUGGCGAGCUUUGGCAACCGGUAUCGCAGUGUGCGGCUCCGGAAUCGGUGCCUUCUUAUUAGCUCCGAUUUCGGAUUUACUUAUAAAGUCCUACGGUUGGCGAGGUGCCCUCCUUUUUCAAGCAGGAAUGCUGUUGAAUUGCGCCAUAUUCGGUGCGAUGUUUCGACCAUUGAAACCAACGCGAAUCAAGAUAAAACCAACGCAGGAGAAUGCUGUUAUUGAGGCAAAAAGUACAUUAAUUGGCAAAGGUGUUUCAACGGCCUCAUUACAUUGUGUUCAACCAAACAGAAAUGGAUUUUUUGGUACCAACAACAACACCGAGUAUCCAACAGCGGCUCAGCUUAUUGGCAGCAGUCCAAAUAUAGUAAAUGCAUCGAAGUCGUUGCAUUCGCUUCAUAAGAUCCACGUGCAGCCACGAAAUUUAGAAAGAAAGUUGAAUACGUCGGAGAAGAGACUUUCGGCACCGAUUUAUCCCGAUCUCGACGUCGAUUACGAAGAUAACAAAUCGAUCGAGGAAGAGAAUAAUCUUCUAGGCGGUGACAUGGAUAGACUUAAUGGGAAAAUACCAACGAUACGCAGACAUACGAUCAGUGGUCGCCGACUUCGUGCAGACUCGGACUGCAGCCAGAAAUCUCUUAGAACGUGCAACAGGCGAAAUACAACGAGUAAGGACCCCCAGAGACCAUUUUACAGAGAUGAUAUUUUCUAUGGAGGAUCUUUGAACAGAUUAGCGCACUACAAGUCGCAACUUUCGUCGGUUGGUUAUCACAUGUCUGUGACACGAUUGCCAACGGCCACCGAUGUCGAAGAGGAAAAGAGCGGUACCUGUUAUCUCUGUCCGGAAAGCGUGCGCCGAAUUUUGACGACUAUGCUCGAUCUCAGUCUUUUAAAGAGCCCUUCCUUCCUGAUCCUUGCCAUUUCCGGUGGACUCACAAUGAUGGGCUUUUAUACACCUUUCAUCUACCUUCCAGAUCGUGCCAAAAUGGCUGGAAUUGAAGCUUCUUCGGCUAUGUUCCUCGUUUCUGUCGUGGGUAUUGGAAAUACCAUAGGUCGUGUCGCUUGCGGCCUUGCAGGUAGUAUACCUGGCGUUGAUGCUCUCGUCGUUAAUAAUAUAUUUAUCAGCAUUGGUGGAUUAUUAACCAUGCUAUCUGGAUUAUCAUUAAGUGAGGGAUAUCAAUUCUUUUACGCCGUCUGUUUCGGUCUUAGCAUAUCCGUGUUCGCAUCGCUAAGAUCGAUCCUCGUAGUAGAUCUUCUAGGGCUAGAGAAACUGACGAACGCAUUUGGAUUGCUCCUACUGUUUCAAGGCGUGGCAGCGGCGGUAGGCGCGCCUCUUGCAGGAGCAUUUAAGGAUGCAACGGGUAGUUACGAUGCUUCAUUCUAUCUUUCUGGUAGUCUGAUUUUCCUUUCGGCCGCGAUCUGUUAUCCUUUGAAGAGGAUCAAUCAAUGGGAGAAACGCAGAAACGAAAAUAAGGGCAGUGACGACUCGAUAAAAUCCUGAUCGAAAGUGAAAGUACGGACUAUGUAUGUUGAUUGUGUGUGUGUGUAUGUAUAUAUGUAUAUAUAUAUAUAUAUAUAUAUAUAUAUAUAUAUACAGUAGAUGUAUACAGUAGAACCUCCAUUAUCAGAAUAACGUUCUUUUUUAUGGAACUUUGUUAAAGAAAAGAAAAGAAUAAUUUUGGAUGUUCCGGUUAAACGGCAAUCCAAAAUUAAUAAC